UCCAAAUCUCGAAAUUCCAACAACCUAGGAAUAUAUCGAAACUCUCAACUCACGUUGAAGAGACUCUUAUGCACAAAUUUCCAACAACAACAACGUGCGAAUAUGUGGGAAACUCCAACUCACGGUGACAAGAAUCUUAUCCCAAAUAAAUCAAAUACAACACUUAGUUGGGUUAUUUACAUGGUAGUACAAACUAUGUUUCAAUUGUCAGGUGUUCCUAGUUCCUAACUUCCUAUUCUAUGCCAUUGGAACGUUAGAAAUACUUCAACAGAGAAUGGCAAGUCCAUAGUGCUGAUGCGUUUUGGUGGGUGAAUAAGUAAAUAUUCUAUUUAUUCAGUCAAUUCCCAGCCAAGUUGUCAUUUUGUUAGCCCCUUUAGCAAGGAAAAAUCUAGCCGCAAAUACAGGUUUUAGGUUAUACGUGGAUGCACUUUGAUUCAACUGGUGACCAAUUAGGAAAAAGCAAUGACGCACUCUUUCCGUUCAUUUUUGUUUGGUGGCACAAACUACAAAGCACUGUCUUUCUACUCUUUAUUCUUGUGAACUAUAAAAUACCAUCAAGAAAGAUCAGAAGUCAAUAAGAGCGAGUGAGGAGGGGGCCGAAGGACUAAAAGGAGGAGAGACCAACAGAGUGACAGACAAAAAUGGGGUGGGCAAUAGCUCUUCAUGGAGGCGCUGGUGACAUACCACUUUCUCUGCCCCCAGAAAACCGCCUCCCUCGUGAAGCCGCCCUCCGUCACUGUCUUGACGUUGGCAUCGCCGCUCUCAAAGCCCAUAAGCACCCCUUGGAUGUUGUUGAACUUGUGGUCCGUGAACUGGAAAACCACCAAAAUUUCAAUGCGGGCAAGGGAUCCGUCCUAACCACAUCAGGUACAGUUGAGAUGGAAGCUUGCAUCAUGGAUGGCAAGACAAAAAAAUGUGGAGCUGUUUCAGGUCUCAGCACUGUUGUUAAUGCUAUAUCCCUUGCACGGUUAGUCAUGGAGAAGACUCCUCAUAUUUAUCUAGCAUUUGAUGGUGCUGAGGCCUUUGCAAGGGAACAUGGUCUUGAAACUGUUGACCCGAGCCAUUUUAUCACUCCAGAAAACAUUGAAAGGCUUAAGCUGGCACAAGAAGCUAAUAGAGUUCAGAUCGAUUACACUCAACCAAUUCAAAAAGAGGUGAAGAAAGAUGCUGCAAGUGCUGAUGUUGAUAGCCAAAUUGGCACUGUUGGAUGUGUGGCUGUUGACAAUGAAGGGAAUUUGGCUACUGCAACAUCUACUGGUGGACUAGUGAACAAAAUGGUGGGUAGGAUUGGGGACACACCAAUCAUUGGUGCAGGGACUUAUGCGAACCAUCUUUGUGCGGUUUCCGCUACAGGCAGAGGAGAAAUGAUAAUCCGUGGUACUGUUGCAAGGGAUGUUGCUGCUGUUAUGGAGUUCAAAGGUCUUUCCCUCAAGGAAGCUGCUGCUUACGUUGUAGAACAAGUUCCACCAGGCAAUGUUGGGUUGGUUGCUGUGUCUUCCACUGGAGAAGUCACCAUGCCCUUCAACACCACCGGCAUGUUUCGUGCUUGUGCUACUGAAGAUGGAUAUUCAGAAAUUGGCAUAUGGCCGGAUUCUCCAUCAAAGUAAGCAAUUGAUGAGUUUUAGCUAUUUGGAUUUAUUUGUCGUAAAGAAGGCUGGAAGAAUGCUCUAAAAACAUGAUUAAAGGUUCAUAUAGUUGGUGUUAUUGUUGUAAUUUUGUGGCAUGAAAUGUUGAUCGAUCGAUUAGAUUCUAGCCUUGAAUGCUAAUAUUAAAAAAAUUAUUCUGGACAAUGAGGAGACAGAAUUAAAAUGAAUAAUAAUGAUAUGUUUCCGAACAAUUU